AUUUUUGGUAGGCAAAAGGGUUUUGUAGGAGACCUCUUAGAGGUUUCGUUGUCAAAAGGUUUCGUAUGAUACUUUUUUUUCAGUGUAGUUAUACCUGGUAUUGAAAGUGUAAAAGCAAGUUUAGAAUGGAUGUCAAAUGAUACAAAACUAUCAAAUGAAAGAGAUAUAUUGUUUUUUCGACAACGUGCGAAAAUAUUGCUGGAAGUUAUGUUUGAUUAUCAUCCCAUUCAUUUUAUGGCUUUAUUUUUAAACCCAAGAACUCGAAAAAUGAAACAAUGCACAAAUGAUGAAAAAAACUCAUGUUUAGAAUACAUAAAACAAGAAAUAAUUAUAUUUGAUGCAUUUGAUAAUGAUACACAAUCGGAAGACAGUAACAAUAAUAGAUCGAUAAAAAGACGAUCUGCCGAAGCGAAUCAAGCUCUUCGAAUAAUGAAAAGAUAUUAUGAAGAAGAAAAUGAACAAGAUGAUUUACCAACAACAAUUGCUGCAAUACAUCAAACAGAAAUCGAUAACUAUUUAAAGUUUCGAACAGAUAAGCUUAAUGGAUCAUGCCACUCAAAUUCUUCUCUGUGUGAUGAAGAAUAUAAUCCAUAA